CACGGUGACGGCGUGGCAGCGUCGGCGGUGGAUUGAGCGGGUCUGAGCGCCGCUCCCAGAGGGCUGCGCGCCCCUGGCUCGUCGGCGCUGUCAUGGCGGGUGUGCUGAAGAAGACCACCGGCCUUGUGGGAUUGGCUGUAUGUGAGAGUCCACACGAGAGGCUAAAAAUAUUAUACACAAAGAUUCUUGACGUUCUUGAGCAAAUUCCUAAAAAUGCAGCAUAUAGAAAGUAUACAGAACAGAUUACAAAUGAGAAGCUGGAAAUGGUUAAAGUGGAACCAGAUGUUAAAAAAUUAGAAGACAAACUUCAGGGUGGCCAAAUAGAAGAGGUGAUCCUUCAGGCUGAACAUGAACUAAGUCUGGCGAGAAAAAUGAUGCAAUGGAAACCAUGGGAUCCUUUAGUAGAAGAGCCUCCUGCCAACCAAUGGAAAUGGCCAAUAUAAUCAUCAUUAAAUGAUUUGUGUGCUGAUGGGAAACUGAUGUAAUUUGAUGCUGUUAUAUAAAAAUAUAUUAUUGACAUCUUAUAAUCCAGAAAACUGAUGUAGAACAUAUUUAGGAGACUUUAAAAUUGGUGAUUAUGGUAAUAGGGAUUGUGAACUAGGUUUUGAUUUGUAAAGCAUUCGUUCAAAUUAGUUCAAAGAUGAUUUUUUUUUUUAAAUAGGUUGUGGGAAGAUUUGAAAGUUAAUUGGAAAUAUUCCUAUAGAUUUUCAGUGCAGAGGCCAUAUUUGCAAGGUGAAGUAUUUAUAGUGGUAUCUUCAACACAUUUAAUUUUUCUUGCUCUGAAAACAGAAAAGUUGCUUCAUUAUUAUUUUUGUUUAAGCAAAUUUUUAUAGGUCACUGUUUGAAAUGAAGUAGUAAGUAAAAACCAUCAAAUUAGAACUGUAGCUGAGGAAAUUGAUUUGGUAUUUGAAAAAGAUUUAUUAUUUACAGUGGUAGUUGGAAAAUAUUUUCCUUUUGUCUCAUUUAAGGAAAUAACUUUCUGGCCCUUAGCCUUUGGUUUUCUUCAUCAUCCAAACUACAUCAGGAGAAUUUCUGUGAAAGAAGAGGCAUUAAGAGUUCCUGAUUAUAUCCAUCAUAUGGAUACACUUAUGUUCAAAACAUCUUAGUUGUAUGGUUAUAACUUCAAAGUAGAAUCACUAGUUUUCACAAAGUUUCCAAUAUGAGUGUAGCUGGGUAUCAAACAAGAUAUAUGUUGUUCAAGGAAGGAAGUAAUUAGCAAGCUUAAGGUUAAACAAAAAUAAAGUCAUUUCUCAGGUGUCCUCACCUUUUCUUCCUAGCCCCCUAUAUUUUCUUAAUACUUAAAUUUGGUAGUUUUUAUCUUCAGAGGCAUCGCUUUGGUUUUUUUGUGUGUAAGUAUGCAUGUAUAUGUGUGUUUUGCUAUCUCUGUGGCAAAGCAGAAAUCUUACAGAAUUUUCAGAAUGAGGAAAAAAAUUGUAUUUUUCUUUUUCCAAUAUAUUUCUCCCCUUAGCUGUGAAUUGAAUGCUAAAUAAAUAUUAAAUGAAGUGGAUCGAUUUGCUUUUUAGCAGUCAGACUAUAAGAGAAAACUACUGUGGAGGAAUGAGGAAAAGCUGUAGAAGGGGAGUCAGAAGUCUAGGGCUUCUCAUUUCUGUGGCUCUAACACCAUCAUGAACUCAGUGACUGAGUGGAGGCAAGUUGUUAACAUCUUACAAUGGCCUAUUUCCUUCUCCGUAUGGAGAGGUAAAAUUUAUGAUUUAUAUCUUCCUUUUCAGUUGUAAACAUUUAUUGAGGUCAAAAUACAUAAUCCUCAAGCAUUUUUGUAUAGAUGCUUUCAAGCUAAUUUUCUAACUAAUCAUUUUUUUAGGUCUUUGGGGGAUAUAAAAACAGAAAGAUAAUUUGUUUGCUUUGUCAUACGACUUGUCCCAUAAUUCUUGAGUAUCUUGUAUAUUUCACCAACAGAGCUACUGUGGCUGUUAAAGGAGGGGACCUUAUUGAUGUAUGCAUUAGAAAUGCUAGUUGUAGAUUAGUAUAGUAGUAAUAGCAAUAAUGUAAUAAUAAUGAUACCAAUGUUAAUGUUUGCCUGGCACUAAGUACUUGACUAAUUUCACUCAUUAAAUUUGUGCUACAACUCUU